AUGUGGUGUGGUCUGAUGAAUAGCCUGGAAUUCGGCUUGGAAAGCUGGAACCCAGCCAAGUUCAGGUUACAGUCUCCUGAUCUCCUUCAUACAGGUGAGGCUCUGAUUCAAACCCAGCAGACUGUGUGGACAGCAGUAGGAGACCAAGCCUCUCUAAACUGUCAGCUCAAGGAGGAAAAAGAUGUCCUCCAGAUCACCUGGCAGAAAGUCCUCCCUGAUGGAGAGAAGAAUCUCGCCACCUACACCAAGAAAUUUGGUUGUAGAAUGAACGAUGAUCUGAAGGAGAAGAUGAUUUUUCAGCACAAAAAUCUUCAGAGCUGCUCCAUGGUGAUCAGGAAGGUGACGGAGGAGGAUGAAGGCUGCUACAGAUGUUUGUUUAACACCUAUCCUGGAGGAGCCCUGAUAGGCUGGACCUGCCUCAGACUCUAUGAGCUGCAUGAACCCAUCCUUGAUGUGAGGAGAUUAAAUGUUUCUGCAGAGUCAGUUGUGUCCUGUUCAGCCACAGGUCGACCUGCUCCCACUGUAACACUGACUGUUCUACAGCAGAACCUCAGUUUCUCCCACUACGACAGCAGCAGUGUGACCCACAGCAACGGUACAGUCACCGUCACCACCACAGCUCUGCUGUCAGCUUCCAGCAGCACACAGGUUGGAUGUUCAGUGUCAGUGCUCUCUGCUGCUCCCAGAGAGAAGCUGAUCACCGUUCCUGGAGUUAAAGCAACAUCUGAUGAUGGUUUAAAAGAAAAGUCUGUGGAUUUAGACCCGAGGGAAGAGUCUGUAGAUCAGAAUUUCAACUGGAUCUACGCAGUGGUUGUGGUAACUCUGGCCUGUUCUUGUUGUCUCGCAAUCUUCAGCUACUGGAGAUAUAAAACUUAUAAAAACAGGGGCCCUGAGCAGAACAAAACACCACUAAGAGAAACGCCUAAGGAAGGGGUUUCUGUUAGAGGGAUCAAAACACCUUUACUGACGUUGAUGAAUGAGUGUAGACAGAGAACGUCUACCAAGAAAAGUCCAGAAAACAACACAGUC